AGAGAGAAAAAGAUUUGCCAACUUUGGGGCGAGAGCGGAGAGAUUUAUUGUCUUAAGAGUUUGAUUGGAAAGUGGGUUGCGGCAUGGCCGACAUGGAGCAGAACCUCAGCCUGGCUGAUGCGCUGACCGAGCCCACUCCCCAAAUCGAGGAGGAAGUGAAACGCGAUUUCAUGGCUAGCCUGGAAGCCGAGAAAUUCGACGACGUGAUCGGGGAAAAAGUCGGCAAGACGGAUUACGUUCCUCUGCUUGACGACGACGAGCCGAAAGCCGGGAACCAGGAGGCGAGAGCCAAACCGCAAGCUGAGAACGUGGCUCCGGAGCGUCCUCCUGCAACUGGGCCAGCCGCCGUGGUUGAGAAUGGGGAUCACGGCCUGGAGGGCAGCCGCCAAGAACCUUCCCAAAAAAUCAUGGAAGAACAAAUGCCAUACAAAGAAUUCCUCAGUCACAACGACGCGUGGAAGGUGGAUGACGGCAGCCACGGCUUCGAGUCGCAGCUCGAAUUUAAGCCGAUGGACACGGCAGAGAUGUUUUCGAUGCCCCAUGAAGACGUGUCUGACCUGCUUCUCCUUUCCGAAGACAUGAUGGGUUUCGGACAAUAUUUUGGCGCUCCGAAGGAAUCCCACGCGUUGUCUGGACCCGUCGCUUCUCCUGAGGACCUCUGGUUGGGCACUCGUCACCUGACCCAGGGACAAGGCUCCUCCCCUUUCUUUGAAACCCCAGCUCCUCCAGCCUUUGGGGGUGCCGUCCCCACCAUGGAGCAGAUGAUGGGCUUUGAACCCUCACUGGGCCCAAGGCUCCUUCCUCCGACGACACUUCAAGCAGCAGGCUUCCUGGAGACUCCGGGGUCAAAAGAAUUAAAACCAGAGGACGAAGAUAUCAUUGUUCUCGCUGCCGACAGUUGUCCCAUGUUGGAGAAACCGGAAGCCGGGAGCCAGUUUCUUCCAGCUCCAAAGGACAAAACCCUGAGCCUACAUCCAGAAGACCCGAUCCACCUUCCCGCCCAAAAAGCAGAAGAAACCCAACCAUCACAUCCCUUUCACCCUCGAGAAGAAGACAGUCCGUUUCCCGACUUCAAAACAGAAGAUCUGGAGGGCUCUUCUACCCAACAUGUAGAGAAGAUCGAUCAAAGCCAGCUGGCUCUCGCCCAGCCGAUGCAAGAAGUGACUAGUCAGCUGUCUCCUGUCCAGAAGGAUGAUAAACCUCCACUUUCUCCUGGAUGGAAAGCUGAUAAGCCUCCACUUUCUCCUGGAUGGAAAGCUGAUAAGCCUCCACUUUCUCCUGGAUGGAAAGCUGAUGGACCUCCGUUUUCUCUUGUCCAAAAGGCUGAUGAACCUCCACCUUCUCCUGUCCAGAAGGCUGAUGAACCUUCACCUUCUGUCCAGAAGGAUGAUAAACCUCUACUUUCUCCUGGCCAGAAGGCUGAUGAACCUUCACCUUCUCCUGGCCAGAAGGCUGAUGGACCCCCGCUUUCUCCUGUCUGGAAAGUUGACACCCCUCCGCUUUCUCCCACCCAACCUUCUGAGAAAGUAGAAGAAACCAAGGUCUCUCUGAGUCCAGAAAUGAAGUCCCCUCCUUUGCUCAGUCAACCUGCGGAGGUUCCUCCUGGGCAGGAGGAUCUCGAUGAGAAGGAGAAGAAGGAGCCUCUCGGCACAUCUACAGAACAGCGGAAGGAACCGAGUCGGCCAGACCCAACCCAACCUGGAGAGCAUCUUCCAGGUCUUGCAGCAGACCCAGUGGGCUCCGUACUUGGGGAGAAGCUCCACAUGGAAACUCCGAGGUCAUUUGUCGACGAGUCCACCUUGGCCCAACCCACGGAGCCCUCUGCAGGAAAGCCGCCUCUCGAACCGGAAGGUGGACCUCCCGCCCAAAUAACACCCGCUGCCAAACCCAGUGACCACCGCAGGUUUGGCAGAGCGAAACCUGUCCAGGUGACUCUGGCAGAUGUUCCGCAAGAUCAACUGGCAGGUUCUCCCACCUUGACGACUCGCAGCCCAAGAAGUGGAGACUCCUUUUUCGUGGCCGACUUCGGCUCCGUCGGUGGAAUUUCUCCCCGUCCCAGGAGAUCCCCGAGGAAGGGAGCCGGCCAGGCUUUCGACGCUCCAGAAGGUCGGAGGGAGCUAUUGCAGGAAGGAUGGGACCCUCUUGACGCAUCGGCUGCCUUGAAGAAGAAGAAGAAGAAGGCAAAGCAGAAGAAAGGGCAGCAGCCACGUGGCGUGGAAACGUGGGAGGACAACACGAAGAAGUUAAGGAGCCCUCCGGCUGCUGGAGAGCCUCCAAACGUUCUCCAGGGAAGCCCUCAAGCAGCCCUGUGGGCCUCCACCGAAGUUCUCGGGAAAGGAGGACAACAACCGGACAGCCAUCAGCUUCCACCGCUUCCUCCAGCAAAGAUGGAAGAACCUUCCGAAUUUGCAUCGGACCCCAACCCCCCGGGAGAAUUGAGCCGAGUCAAACUGGCCGUGGACGAUGGCUUGGCAUGGCAGCCCCUGAGUCCCCCAGGAGAACUUUCUGAGGCGCUUCCAAAGCACCACACGGAGCAGAAGAAAAAGAAGGAGGCGAGUCCAACUUCUCCUCCAGGUCCUGGAGAACUGAGUCCCAUUGAGAAAAGGGUACAGUCGGGGUCUCCGACUCUGAAGAACUCCAACGUCGAUGCCUCAACUUUGGAGACCAACUCUGCUGGGGUGGGGCAGAAGGUUGAGGUCCAGACCGUAGACCCUGGGGUUGCCCAUGAGAAGGUUGCUCCAGACUUUCCAAGUCUUGAAAGGAAAGGAGAGUCGGUGGAGGCACCUAAAGAUCUUGAGAAGAUCUUCAAGAAGGACAGUGAGGUCAAAGAAGUUGUGACUCUUUCAGCCGAACCAACCCAAGAAGUGACUUGUUCUCUUCCUCAAGACAGAGAAGAAAGCACAGGUAUCUCAGGGACCCUCAAAGAAAGACCACGGAGCAGAAGAUCUGAUUUUCAUUCUGCCAAAACUCCAUUCGUGGUGGAAACCAAGUCCGAUCCAGCCCAACCCUUGUUUGCUGCUGAUACUCUUGGUGGUGGCCCACUGUUCUUCACCAGCCCAACAGAAGACCUCCUCGAUGUCCGCCCUCCAGAACAUCCAACCAGUCUCAGGUUGAGACACGACCAACCCAAGAAGAGGGGCAGUGAUGGGAAAAGCAGGAAAGGAAAGCAUCUCCCAGAGUUGGAAGAGAAGGUUGGCUUGAGCCAAGCUUCAACGGCGGAAGACAUUGAGGGCCUGGGCGAAAUCGGUUGGACAACCAGGACCCCGGAAGAAACUUUUUCCACCUCUCCAGGAGUGAGAGAGAAGCCGAAGAAGAGAUCUAGCGUGGGGAAGAGCAGAAGAGCUGAGGACAGGAGCUCCUUCAGACAACCAUUUGUCUCUACCACAGAAGUUCAUGAGAUGUUUGACCAAACCCAACAGAGACCAGAUGAACCGAAAGAAGGGAUGAAUGUCUUAGCUACAAGCCAACAGUUGGACAGCACUACAGACGGUGUGAAGCAAUCAAGUCCACCGUCUGUCACCUUGAGUGAAAACCUCGGAGGUUCUCCAACUGGACCUGGUCAAAGGGUUGACCUUCCUCCAUCAGCAUAUCCCUUUAUCUUGGAGGUCCCUGGAAAGCAGACAGAAGGCCAGCUUCUCCUAGAGUCGACGGUCCAAGGCCAGGAAACAGGCGGGCCAAAUCAAAACAAGGGACCCCCCUUGGCAAGCUCCCCUGGAGGAGACCCCGCCUUCGUGUGGGCCACCAACAAACCCAAGAAGAGAAGCAGCGAUGGGAAAAGCAAGACAUCUCACAAAGGUCCCUCCAGGGAACCCCCACUGGGCCUGGAGAAGACGUUGGAUGGGACGGUGUCUUCAAAGAACAAUGAUUUGGUUAACAAAGGUUCUCCUGAGAAGAAGAGCCAAGGGCUAGAACUUCCUGGCACCCUCCAACUCCCUGCUGAAAAACCGCCAGGAACGACGGGAGGAAAAGAGGAGAAGAAGGUUGACUCUGGGCAGCUGUCCACCUUGAAGGAGAAAGUCAGCACUCCUAAGACAGAAGAACUCCAUAAAAUCAAAGAAACGCCAUCUAAGGAGCAGGAAGCCAGCCGAGAUCAAGUUGGAGAAGGUCCGCCCAAGCCACAUUCUGUCCUCCCUCAAGUCCUGGAAGAAGUGAAGAAACAGGAGACCAAUGGUCAAAGUUUUCAAGUUCCUAAAGUCUUGGAGAUGAAGGCAGAACCUUCUGGUGAAGACCACCAAGGAGUUAAGAUGGAGGAGGUCCCCGCCUUUGAUGGCACCAGGAAGGAGCGAUCGGAACAUCUCAAGCAUCCAGAACCUCCAGGCCAGGUUCCUGAUAAGCUCUUCGUUGAUGGCACUUUUGGAGGACAAGAGAAAGGAAAGAGUAGACAAGAUGUGCGUACUUUGGAACCAUCGGUCCAUUUGCUGGGCAAGUUGGAUACCGGAACAGUCAUAGAAGAAGGUGAGAGAAAGAUGAAGACCAAAAAAGAUGGGGACCCUGAUCUUCCAGAUCUUCAACCCCCACUUGUGAAACCUGAAAAGAAGAAGAGUGGCGAGAAGAAAAGCAAGAUUAUCCCUCAGGAACCUGUGGUUGCCCAACGAACUAAGGAAGAGGUCAGCCAUGAAGAAGAACCUCAGAGGCUUGGUGGAUUGAGCUUCACCAUAGGAGAAGCAGAGGUCGUCGAUGAAAACAGGAACAUCAAAAGCUUCCCUCCUGGCCGUCCGCUGCAUUGGGAAGAGGACCUCACAAAUGUCUUUGACCCAGCUGGACCUCUUGAGGAAUCCACGUCCAAAACUCGAGGUCCCACCUGCCCGUUUUUAGAAGCUCACUUCCCCAAGUUGGCUGGCGAGCCAAGCCAGGAGCCAUUUUUUCUUCCCGAAUUCCUACAAUCUGCAAAGCCAGGGGAUCAGAAGAUCCUGGAGGAGCUCCAGGAGAACUUGGCCAAACUUGACGGUCAAGAGGCAGAAGCUUCCCUGGUCGUGAAAGCUGGGGAUGACAUCCGGGAAAAGAGGAAGAAGAACAAGCGGACCCCGGCAGACCGCCUCUUCAAAACGGAGAAGCAAAGCGGAGGAACGUACCUUGGAGACAAAAGCUAUGGACUUGGUUCACCAGAAAUGGUGGUGGAGAAGCUAGAGACGGCUCCUGGGCUGGUGGCUGAAGGAAGAGGUUGGGUUGGAGAAGGCAGUGACCUCCCUAUGGAAACCCAAACUCUGAAGGAAUCCAAGGAGGAAGUGUCAACUCCUCAGACCGUAAUGACUGUCUUCCACGGUGGUGGAACUUCUGAGCCAGGAGUGUUAGCAGAAGAUAGACGAGAAGAUGAAGCAAGGCCUUCUGAGCAUCCGGACCGUUUAGGAAGUCAGACAAGGACAGAUAAGGUCCUGGAGGACGUCCUUCUGGAGGAAGUGGGAGGAAGUGGGCUCGCUUCCGAUCAUCUGGUGUCGGACGACAAGAACCUGGCCAAGGGAGGUCCUCUCCUCCAACCAGCCAGCAAGGAGGAGACGGGACAACUUGGGAAAGCCCAAGAUGCGCCGAACUUGAGAUCGGCAGCCCAAGAACCACAAGCGUCAACUUCUCCGGCUGCCACUGAUCACGAUGGCCACAGGCCCACAGGCGAGACCCAGAAAGCAAGCCGGGCCAAAGCUCCACCACCAAUGAAAGGCUACAUGAGACCCACCAAGUCAAGAGGACUUCCUCUUCCUCCUCCAUCUGUCCCUUCCCCAAAGGAUGGAGCUCCGGACCUAGGCAGAAGAAGACCUCCCCGACCUGAUGGCCUCCACAGGCGAGACAAAGAAGAGGUGAAGGCACCUGCUGAGGUCCCGUCGGCAGAAGACACAGCUGCCCUUCCCAGCAAGGCCCUUCCCCCGAGCCCGGAGAAGAAGACCAAGCCUUUGGCCAGCGCCGGGGCUAAACCUGCCACAGCGAAAGCCAAGCCCGGGACGGCGGGUACUCCCACCGUCAAGCAGUCGGCUUCGGCCACGCUGGGCCCGAGCAAAAAGCCCCCCUCUGCGGCAGCGACCACAUCCAAACGCCUGUCGACCAGUGCCGCGCGACCCUCCAGCUUAACUUCCCGAGAGGCUAAACCGAAGGCGACCGACGUUAAGUGCCCGGAGAAGAAGGUCCCCCUUUCCAAGCCCAGUGCAAAGUCCCCCUUGGCCGCUGCCAGGAGUCCGGGCGGGGCAGCCCCCAGCGGGACGUCGCCCAGCCCGAGGACCGCGGCUGGCUUGUCACCAAAGAAGCCCUCCGCCAUCAAGACAGAAGUCAAAGCCGCUGAGGUGAAGAAGAUGCCAGCAAAGACCUCAACAGCUGAGUCGAGCCGUCCCAAGAGCGCACCUGUGUCGACAACCGCUUUCCCCACACCGUCGGGAGGCCCGGCCAGCCGUCCCAAGGUGAAACCCGUGGCUUCCAAGCUUCCUGGAACGGCUGGUAUCACGGCCGAAGCCAAGAAGCCGCCAUUGGCGUCCAAGGCUCUGCCCAAGAGCAGCCCGGUUUCCAAGCCUCUCCGGCCUUCCAUUAGCGUCUCCGUUCCGGAUCUGAAGAACAUCCGCUCCAAGAUCGGUUCCACGGAUAACAUCAAAUAUCAGCCAGGUGGAGGAAAGGCCAAAAUAGAGAAAAAGCUCGCCACGGCUACCCGAAACUCCGAACCCAGCAUAUCCAAAACCGCUCCCAAUACAUCCACUCUUUCUAAAGAGGGGCUUGCAAAGUCACCCAACGGGAAAGUCCAGAUACUCUCCAAAAAAGCGAACUACAGCCACAUCCAGUCCAAAUGUGGAUCCAAGGACAAUAUUAAGCAUGUCCCUGGAGGUGGAAAUGUCCAAAAUGUCCCCAAGCCAGCUUCAGGCAACAAAUCCCAGCCAUCGACCAACCCCAAGCCCAGCCCGGGCAGUACCAAUGUUCAGAUCCAGAACAAGAAAAUUGACCUUUCGAAGGUGUCUUCCAAGUGCGGUUCCAAGACCAACAUUAAGCAUAAGCCAGGUGGUGGAGAUGUUAAAAUAGAACAUCAGAAGUUGAACUUCAAGGGGAAAGCCCAAGCGAAGGUGGGCUCCCUGGACAACGUCGGGCACGUGCCAGCCGGGGGCACUGUGAAGACUGAGGAGGGCAAGGAGGCAGCCCCGGAGAACGAAGCGCCCCCAUCGGGCAGCAGUGCCCCACAGGAGAAUGGCGCAGGGGCGCUUGUGCCGUCACAGGGCAAAGGUGAUCAAAGCUUCAAUGACAGUGAAAUCGAAGAGACAAAUUGAAUCGCACAAGUUGACCUUCCGUGAGAACGCCAAGGCACGCACGGACCACGGGGCAGAUUUUGCGGCCUGCACCGGCAGCCCCUCCUCCUCCUCCCCACCACCACUGAGCACCUCUGUCAGCGAGAGCCUGGGCACCAACACCAACACCGCCAUGUCCUCCUUGCCCCCGCGGCUGCCCUGGCAGGCUCCCCUCGCGGAAGAGACUUCUGCUGCGCUCUCUCGGCCAGGCUUGUGACUCACUUUCCUGCCCCGUUUCCUACCCCCCACCCCAAAUGUCCCCCCCCCCCAGAAUCUCAGCUUGCCUCCCUUAAUCCGUCACCGCCCACCUGCUCGGACUUCGGUGGGGCUGCAGUUAAAUAGUUUGCCAGUUGAACCUUUACGCGAUUCCUGGACUCGAUGGGAUGGGGAGACCUUCUGGACAGGGAGUCCUCCUCCCCCUCAGGCCUCCCCAGUCUCAUUUCAAAUCCUUGCUUAUUUGAAUGCCGGGAUCGAAGUGCAAAUUGCGAAUUGAGCACACAAAUAUUGGAUCCUUCUUAGUGAGCCGCGUGGAAAACCCAGCUCAAGACAACGAGAAAGGGGUUCAAAGGCUGAUGAGAGUUAAGGGGGGCAAGCUUUCUUCCUUUCUCUUUCCAACUUUCUUCCAUCCCGUGGGUCUCCUCUGCACCCCGUUUAGCGCUCUCACAUAUAACGUCAUGCUCAUUAGCAACCCCCGCAAACAACGCCUAACCUUUUAAUUUUCUCGUUCUUCCCCUUGUGCCCCAACGGAGCAGUAUGGCCGUGCCGAGCGUGAUCCCUGUGGCUUCCCCGCCAGCUCCCGCUUCUCUCCCCGCUCAUCCACACCGCCUUUCCCCUGCGCCAUAGGAGAAUUAAAACAAAAACAAAAAAAACCCCCGCACCAUUAUCUAUCUGCUGUUGCAGCGCUGUUGGCUUUGUUAUCCACAUAUCCUGCCAUUUUAAACCGUGUUCUGUUUUUGUUUUCUUUUCUUUCUUUCUUUCUUUUUUCUUUUCUUUGGUGUGGUGGUUCUUUUGCGUGUGUGUUUCAAAAUAUUUGGAGAACGAUGGAGCCAAGGGACUCAAAAGCCACCUCCCCCCGGGGGUGUGUGGGAUGGAUAGUGGAGAUGAAAGUGGACAGGCGAGCAAGUGGGAAGAUGGGCGCUGUACGAGAAAACGGAUGAUGUAGAGCUGGGUCUUUGCAAAAAAUGGCUUCCUGGUGGGCAUUGAAAGUCGGCCACUCCUGCACAAAUACUGGGUGGGUUUCCUUUGAGAUACCCCUGCCUUUGCAGGUGGUUUCCAAAAAAAUGAAACACCAGGAAUCUUGAGCGGUCCAUAUUGAGGAUCUGUUCCGGAGAUUUUGCGACCACCAAGGGACACUGACAUGCACUGGAAUGUCGGAGAAAAAAUUGGGUAGGGAGACAGAGAAAGUGUUUGAAGAUCCGAAAACGCCGGGCUGUGCAGGAUGGGAAUCG